AUGUCUAUAGAUGCAGGGCAGAGGAUGGGAAAACGGGGGGCACCACAGACUUUGAGGUUGGGUGUUGUGCUGCUUCUGGUCUUGCUCGCCGCCCUCACACUGACGCUGCCGGGCACCGAGGCAGGCGUGGGAGCGAAGGUUGUCUAUAGGCUCUCUGUGAUGAAGGGUAGAAUUGUCUCAGAGGAGCGUGUGUAUUGCAACGACACGCGUUUAGGUAGCGAGGUGAAAGAGAGUCGGUGCGCCAACGGCGUGGGUCGGCUGCAGCGCGACCCGCUCCUCGUCGAUCUCCGCGCCCCGCCGGGCAUCAGCCGCAGCUUUGACCCCCUCCUCCUCGUCGCGGUGUCGGUGAGCGACUGCGUGAAGAGCUGCGUCAACGGAGGCUGGUGCUUCAAGGGAGACGACGAGGAGCCGAGCGGUGACGGCACCAGUGCCCCACCCGUGCUGGGGCUGCACGUGGGUUCGCCCUGCUGCGGGGAAGGCUACGUGUCGUAUGUGCUGGAUGUCCCCUCACGCACGAUAACGCAGUACGAGGGGCCGUUGCCGCGCUUUUCACGAAACUCAGUGUUUGACUGCCAAGUGUGGCAAAUAAACCAGGUGCCGUACGCAAUUGAUCAAGGCGGCCUCAUAUUCCCUGUGGAACUGUUCUUCUGUGAGGUUCCCGUGUCCAACGUCGUCAGCGAGCUCGACGACAGCACCCUGGUGGGGCUGCUGCAGGCGGAGAUAAGCAUGACAGAGUCCGUCGACGGCAUCCGCUUCCCUCGUGAGGCGCUCAUUGGCAUCUCUGGGUGGAUUGUCAGCGAGCCCCACUCGGGAAAGACGCUGCGCGAUGCUGGCCUCUGCUACUUCAGCAAGGACGCGGCAGGCGGCGGGAUGGCGGAGGAGGAGCAGCUUGUCUGCCGGUUGCCCAACGGGCUCAGGGGCUUCUUGCCGGUGUUGAAAAUUGUCGUCAAAGUCUGCAUCGAGAGCACCCAAAUACACUUUGUGGACUCCGCCAUCUUUGUCGACCUCAACCAGAUGGUCGAUGCGGAGGGGUAUUUGCGCCUCAACUCCUCCGGUUCCUUAAGCGCCGCGCUGGAAAAGUCCAAUGACGGCGCGCCGUUGCCAAAAGUGGUGAUUGGGGUGCUCUUCCUGCGGGACCUGGCUAUUUACUUCUCACGCAACUCUGACCCGGAGAUGCCGACAUUUGGGAUGCCGGUAGUAAAAAUGGCGGCGUCGAAUUUCAACUCGGAUGGCCGCAUCCCGGGAAUGAAUGCGUCACGCAAGGAAUCCAUGGCGUGUGCCCUGCCGAAGAAGUGUGGGAAGGGCGAAUUCUACUUUGAGAGUAUCAACCGCUGCGGCAUCUCACCCAAUUGCGGUCGCUUUCUUCCGUACCGGUACAACCCAAAUACUCUUCGCUGCGAGGCCAAUAUAAAACUGAUUCUGGCUGUGGCUGUGCUGGGCGCUCUCUUCAUUCUGACGGAUGUGGCGGUGCUGAUGAUGCGGCGUAACGUGGGGAAGCUGCUGCGGAGUGCUGCGGAGGAGGAGCUGGCGCAUAAUUUGCGGUGA